AUGUCUUCUGUAAAAAGAAGUCUGAAUCAAGAAAUAAUAUCCCAGUUUCACUCUUCAGCUGCAGAAGGAGAUAUUGCCAAGUUAACAGCAAUACUCAGUCAUUCUCCAUCUCUUCUCAAUGAAACUUCUGAAAAUGGCUGGACUGCUUUAAUGUAUGCUGCGAGGAAUGGGCACCCAGAUGUUGUCCAGUUUCUACUUGAGAAAGGGUGCGACAGAUCCAUUGUCAACAAAUCAAGGCAGACUGCACUGGAUAUAGCUAAAUUUUGGGGUUAUAAGCAUAUAGCUAACUUAUUAGCUAAUGCUAAAGGUGGGAAGAAACCUUGGUUCCUAACCAAUGAGGUGGAAGAAUGUGAAAAUUAUUUUAGCAAGACACUACUGGACCGGAAAAGUGAAAAAAGAAGUAAUUCUGACUGGCUGUUAGCAAAAGAAAGCCAUCCAGCCACAGUUUAUAUCCUUUUCUCAGAUUUAAAUCCCUUGGUUACUCUAGGUGGCAAUAAAGAAAGUUUUCAACAGCCAGAAGUCAGGCUUUGUCAGCUGAACUACACAGAUAUAAAGGAUUAUUUGGCUCACCCUGAGAAGAUCACCUUGAUUUUCCUUGGAGUAGAACUUGAAAUGAAAAAAGAGUUUUUUAAUUAUGCUGGGGAAUUCUCAAAAGAAGAAGAAGAUGGGUUGGUUGCCUGGUUUGCUUUAGGUAUAGAUACUGUUGCUGCUGAAGAAUUUAAGCAAAGGCAUGAAAAUUGUUACUUUCUUCAUCCACCAAUGCCAGCUCUUCUGCAAUUGAAAGAAAAAGAAGCUGGAGUUGUAGCUCAAGCAAGAUCUAUUCUCGCCUGGCACAGCCGGUAUAAGUUCUGCCCAACCUGUGGAAAUGCAACUAAAAUUGAAGAAGGUGGCUAUAAAAGAGUAUGCUUAAAAGAAGACUGUCCUAGUCUCCAUGGCGUGCACAAUACAUCAUACCCACGAGUUGAUCCAGUGGUAAUCAUGCAAGUUAUUCAUCCCGAUGGGACCAAAUGUCUUUUAGGCAGGCAGAAGAGAUUUCCUCCAGGCAUGUUUACUUGCCUCGCUGGAUUUAUUGAACCUGGGGAGACAAUAGAAGACGCUGUCCGGAGAGAAGUAGAAGAGGAGAGCGGGGUCAAGGUGGGCCAUGUUCAGUAUGUCUCCUGUCAGCCGUGGCCAAUGCCCUCCUCCCUGAUGCUCGGCUGCCUCGCUGUGGCAGUGUCGACAGAAAUCAAAGUGGACAAGAACGAAAUAGAGGAUGCCCGCUGGUUCACUAGAGAACAGGUUGUGGAUGUUCUGACCAAAGGCAAGCAGCAGGCAUUCUUCGUCCCACCGAGCCGAGCUAUUGCACAUCAGUUAAUCAAACACUGGAUCGGAAUGAACCCCAAUCUCUAA